AUGAAUAAAAAAAGAUAUUUCCUGGAGGCGCCGGAGGUGAAGGACUACCUGAUCAAAGGAGAAAGAUUCACAAAGUGGUCAGAGGAAUCUACCAAGACGAGUCCGGUCACUAUGAAGAUGGAUGCAAAAGGAUUUUACAUAUACUGGAUCAACCAAAGCAAGGAGACAACAUUGUUGGAUGUGGCCACAAUCAGAGAUACCAGAGUUGGAAAGUAUGCUAAACUCCCAAAGCACCCAAAAGUACGCAACGUCUUCAACAUGGAUUUUCCAGACAGCAACCAUCUGGCUAAAACUCUGACCAUAGUCUCCGGGAUGGACACAGUCAAUCUGACUUAUCACAAUUUCUUCGCUUCCAAAGAAAAAGUAGUGCAGAACUGGGCAAGUGAUAUACUUGCUAUUGCCUACAAUGCUGCAAGAAAUAACUCAUGCCGACAGGUCUUCUUGGACAAAAUAUAUGUGUGCCUUUCUCUUCAGACCAAUAAGGAUGGCAAGAUUCCUGUGAAACGAAUCUACAAGAUGUUUCCUGCUGAUAAGAAAAAGGUUGAGGCAGCCUUGGCAGCUGCACACCUCCCAAAGGGAAAGUAUGACAGCAUUAAGGCUGAUGCCUUCACUGAGGCGGCCUUCAAAACAUUCAUUACCAAUCUAUGCCCAAGACCUGACAUCUAUGAGAUCUUUACAUCAUACUCAAACAAGCCUACAAUGACCAAGGAGAACUUCACCAAGUUCCUCAAUGAAAAGCAAAGGGACUCUCGACUCAAUGAGGAGCUGUUUCCACGUUUACGACAAGACCAGAUCAAAGCUUUGAUUGACAAAUAUGAACCUGUCUCCAGCAAUGCAAACAGAGGCCUUAUAUCUCCAGAAGGGUUUCUGUUUUACUUGAUGGGAGCUGAGACCUCAGUGGUCGUGCAGGACCGACUGGCUAAAUCCCACGACAUGACUCAGCCUUUACCACACUAUUUCAUCAAGUCCUCCCACAACACUUACCUGACAGCCGGUCAGUUCUCAGGGGUGUCCUCUCCUGAGAUGUAUCGUCAGUGCCUUCUGUCUGGCUGCCGCUGUCUGGAGCUGGACUGUUGGAAAGGCAAACCCCCAGAAGAAGAGCCAAUCAUCACCCAUGGCUUCACUAUGACAACUGAGAUCCUCUUCAAGGAUGUGAUUGAGGCAAUAAAUGAAUGUGCCUUCAAGACUUCUCAGUAUCCUAUUAUUCUCUCAUUUGAAAACCACGUUGAUUCAGUCAAACAGCAAGAGAAAAUGGCCAACUACUGCAAAACCAUAUUUGGAGAUGCCCUGCUAGCAGAGCCCCUGGACAAAUACCCCUUAAAGCCAGGUCAGCAGAUCCCAAGUCCAUCUGAACUCAUGGGCAAGAUCUUGAUCAAGAAUAAAAAAGGAAGCCAUGAGAACCCCAAAGAACAGGCUAAGAAACCAGUCUCGGAUCCAAGCGUUGCGACCCCUGACCCUGCCAACCCUGCGAGCCCUGCACCUGGCCCAGAGAACCCAGAGGAGGAUGCCGAGGAGCAGGAGGAGACGGAGGAGCAGGAUGAGGAGAAAAUGAAGACGUCAGACGAGGGCACAGCUGGACAGGAAGUGACAGCGUAUGAGGCCAUGUCUUCUAUCGUCAAUUAUAUCCAGCCAAACAAAUUUGUCUCUUUUGAAAAUGCCAAAAAGAAAAACAGGAGUUACGCCAUCUCGUCUUUUGUGGAGACCAGAGGGGAGGCUAUGAUUGCCAAAAGUGCAGUGGAGUUUGUCGAAUAUCCUUCAAGAUGA